AUGGCCUCGAGAAGAAUGACUCUUUGUGACUACAGGCUUCUUUGUAGCUCUCUCUUGUUCUCCAUAUGCCAGGGCCAGGCACUGAUGCCGGAAGCCCCGGCGCAGGGAGCGGGCCUCAUGCAGUCCCUCUAUUCCACGAAGACUGACCCUCAAGUCGACUCGGUGUCUGCGCUGCAGUUGAUGCAAGCCCCGCAGAUGUUUCUGCAGCCUACCUCUCUGCAGAUUCCAAGCAGAACUUCUAUGAUGCAGCUGCCAGAACAGCCGCCGGCACAGCCGGUUCUGUCGGUAGACUCCAACCUGCGUCGUCCUUCCCAGAUGAUGCCAGACCCAUUGCUGCAGCCGCAGCAGAUGGGAACGGUGCCGACGUAUGCAAUGCCACAGAUGCAGAUGCCAUCCCCACAGCUGUGGGGACAGAUGCCGCAGAUGCAGAUGCCAAUGCCCUACCAGCAGGUUCAACCUCUUGGUCUGCAGCAGGUGCAAGCUGGGAGCUGGAUGCGAGAGCAAGCCAUGGAACAGCAGUUUAUGGCCAUGCGGCAGGAGCUGCAAGAGCUCAAACAGCAGGAAGCCAAGCAGGCCAAGGAUUUAGAACUGAAGUCAGCAGAAGCCGAUCUGGCCGACAAAAAAGUGGAGGAGGCGGAGAGGAAGAUGAAGGAUGCAGAUGCUGCCGCCAAGCAGUUGCAGGAUAGAGAGCAGAAGGUCGAGGAUCAGGCCAUUUCAGCUGUCCGAACAGCAAAAGCACAAGUAUCUCAGGCGCAGAAAGAGGUCAAGCAGAUGCAGGACGAGCUGAGACAGGCGCAGGCUGAUGCUAUUCAGGCACGGGCGGCUCAGGCAGCUGCUGAGGAGCAGGUGGCAAAAGCAGAAAUGCUGCAAGCUGCGCAGGCUCAAAGCGACAUCAACAAGGACAUGCUGGGAGCCCUCAGCUCGGUGAAGAGGUCGCAAGCCUUUGAGGUUGGGUCGCCGCAGUAA